CAAUAGAGAGCAACCACUGCGGGAAUCAAGACCUCCCGACGCUGCUCUGGAUGCCUCAACACCUACGGCACACACCCACGACCACCCUAGACACCUCCAGACAUUUACUCAAGAUAUGGGAUGCCUAUAGGGAGAAGCUGUGCUCGGCGCACCCGUGGACCUUGGCAACCCCGAUCCAAAUCCUGCACCAAUGCAACGGAACAUUCCCAUACCAAAAACGGAGUAAUGCAGGUAUCACUCAUAUCUACCAUCUAUGCACGAAAGAAGGACUAAAAACCUUCCCAGACCUACGGAAAGAAUUCCUACUGCCUUCAAGCUUCACGUUCGCAUACCUCCAAAUCAAAGCGCUCCUAAGCAACAACAAGAUCACGAACAUCCAAAACUCACUGCAAACCUUUUAAUACGAAAUUCGAAACACAAUGCUUGUCGCUGAAUACCCCCAAAAAAGC